GAUUGAUUGUCGCUGAAUGCUUGUUCAUGAGAGAAAGAGGGAUACAGGAACUGCCGGGAUACAGAAUGUGAUACUAACAUACUAUACUAGGAACUGUGAAGCGGAGGUAAAGUGCAGCAAGUGUACAGCUUCUUUCUAACACAGGCCGCAGUUACCGGUUUUAAUAACUCGAAUUUGACAAACCGUGUAACUGCGGCGCCACAACGUCAUCCGCGACUGGGAGGAGGAGCGGUGACUCCAGCCGGUGUGACUGCUGUGAACUGACUGCUCGGAGGAGGGGUACACAGAGGCCCGCAGCCUCCUCCCUUACUAUGGAGCAGUGACAGCCCACGAAAAUGCAGGAAGGGUCGAAGGAUCAUAACCACUGGAGGGCUUUUUGAGCCCCAGCCUCUCCUCAAGUCUUGGUUGAGCUGCAUCUCCAGAGAUGGCUCAGAGCAGUCAACAGAUUGACAAGCAGGUAUUAAGUGAUCUUCUACAACGCUUCCCUGAGAUUCCACCUGAUGUGGUGUCUCAAUGCAUGCUGCAGAACAACAGUAAACUUGAUGCAUGCUGUAGAGCCCUUGAACAAGAAAGCUUCAAGUACCUGUACAUGGAGUACCACAACUCGGAUGAAAGACUAAACAGUAAUCUUUUGCACAUUAAUCUUGGUAUCCACCCAAGUACCAAUUAUCAGACAGCUGAUGGCUCUCAGGUUAAUGGUCGCCCCCUGGUUCACAGCUCAAGUGAUGGACAUAUAGAUCCACAACGCACUUCAGACAAAAUCUUCUGUUUGGUUCAAGAACCCCAUUCUGCUCCUGCUGUUGUUGCAUCUUGCCAAAAUUACAAUCCAUUCUUCUUGAAUGACCAGAAUAGAAAUGCAGCAACUCCACCACCGCAGCCUCUUCAGCAGCCAGGUGUCAACACAUCUGCUAUGCAAACCCCCCUGCCUACUUAUAUGCACAUACCUCGCUACAGUACAAAUCCUAUAACUGUCACCGUUUCACAGAAUAUCCCUUCUGGUCCUAAUGUGCCCAGAGCUUUACAAAUACAACCUCAAGUUCAAAACUGUAUGUAUGGGACACCUGGUUCUAUAUACAUUAGACAGUCCUCACAAAAUUCUCCAGGCAGGCAAACCCCUCAAAACACUUCCUGGCCUUCUUCACCUCAACUUCCCAUUUCUCCAUACAGUGGAUGUCCCCUUCCUAUUUAUCCUCAUCAAAGUUACCAACCUACACAGUAUUCUCCUAAACAGCCUCAAAUCCCCCAGUCUGCUUUUCAGUCACCACCAACGUCUCAGUGUACUUCUCCGUAUAACUCUCCAAAGCAUCAAGUGCAGCCCAGUCAAAUGAGUCACCAGACGUCACAUGCAUUUGUGCCGCCUAGUCCACCCACAGUCCCACCUCACCUUUAUCAGCAAACUUCCUCUGCCUACCCGAAGCAAAGUAGCCAUUCUGUAUCAUAUCUUCCCUAUGGACAUGGUCUCAAUAAGGCCUCUAUGAACAAGAUAGAAAUCACAGUGGAAUCACCACAAAGACCAGGAACAGCAAUGAAUAGAAGUCCUUCACCAAUUAACAAUCAGUCAUCCCAAAGGAGCCCACACUCUGUGUAUUCAUCACAUACACGUUCAGGGUCACCUUCCAGGGCAAUAUCUUGUCAGCAAAAAACUCCUUACAGUGUUCAUCCAUUAUAUAUUACCUACACACAGCCACCUGGCACCAAUGUCUCACCAUCCCCUUCCCCUCGUGUGUUGAUGUCACAGCCAAACCCUACUGUAUUUAAAAUUACUGUUGGACGUGCUCCUGCUGAAAAUCUUUUAAAUAUUGUGGACCAAGAACAGCAUCCUGGAGCACCAGAGCCUAUACAACCAAUUUCUUUGAUGCCACAUUCAGGUGGAGAGAAAGGACACCAUAAAUACCAGAGAAGCUCUAGUUCUGGCUCAGAUGAUUAUGCAUAUACUCAAGCCUUAUUAUUACAUCAACGUGCGAGAAUGGAAAGACUAGCUAAAGAGCUAAAACUUGAAAAGGAGGAGUUGGAGAUGCUGAAAGCUGAAGUUAAUGGAAUGGAACAUGACCUUAUGCAAAGACGUCUCAGACGAGUCAGCUGUACAACAUCAAUUCCCACUCCUGAAGAAAUGACCAGAUUAAGAAGCCUAAACAGACAGCUCCAAAUAAAUAUAGACUGUACACUGAAAGAAGUUGAUUUGCUUCAGUCGAGAGGAAUGGGAAAGCUGGACGUAAAAGCAAUGAGUAACUUUUACGACAACUUGGCUCCUGGUCCUGCUGUACCACCUAAUCCAAGUAAAAAAGAGUCUUCAGAAUCUUCUUCGGGAGAAAGAAAAGCCAGAAGAAUAAGUGUUACUACAAAAGUAAAAAUUGAGACUCCGGAAUUACCUACUCCUGGUGCUCUUGACAUUGUUCAUAGACAGAAGUCCAACCAGAGACCAGCACGAGAUGAAGAUUUUGAAGGAUCUCCGUGGAACUGCAAUAGCUGUACUUUUCUAAAUCACCCAGCACUAAACCGUUGUGAACAAUGUGAGAUGCUUCGGUUCACCUCACUUUAAUGUCAAAUGACUCAAUGGGACUUGAAAGAGCAUAAGGGACCGUACUCCAAUGUAUCGACGAGCUGAGCCCAACUUCAGUGCUGUAGUUUAAAAUAAAGUGGUGAUAUGAGGUUAUAUGAACUGAAAUAAAAAAAUAAUAAAAAAUAAAAAAAUAACCUUGUUCUUACCAAAAGUUUCUCUGUGACCUAGUGCAAAAAUGAUGGAGCUUUCACGAUGCUGGUCAUUUGUUUUCCAUCAUUUUUUCCAGAAGUCACGACACACUGCAAGGUUGUGUAAUGGGCGGGGAUGUGUUAAGGAUUUACAGACCAAUAUAUGGAUUUAAUCAAUAGAACUCUAAAUAGCUGGACAAAAAAGGAAAUUCUACUUCCAGAAACUAUCCUACUGAAUGAAGACUUUGGGAGCAGGUGUUAUAAGAAUAUUUUAUGAAUCAUAUUAAGAGAAAAUUGAUUGCUGCUUUCUUCAGGGUAUUAAUAAUGUCCAUAUGAAAUGAAAAAUGCUGUUUUUCAAAUUUGCGGGUGAGAAAUUGAGUUUGUAGCCUUACCUUUUUAGAGCACAUUAUCUGAAGUGAUAUUGCAGUCCUUCUUUGUUUGUGCUGUGUUCAGCAAACUGUAUUGUCAAAACUACUGGUAACGUUCACAAUGUAACUAUAUUAAGCUGAGGUUGAAAAUACUGCUGCAUGUAUUUAAUCUUUACCCCUCUCAAUGAAGUUAUACCUAUACAUUUAGUAGGCACAUUAAACACAACCAUGUACAAGUGCUCAACUAGGGCACAGCACACUUAUGCCAAAUGACUAUGUACUCUUUUAGCGCUAUAUAUAUAUAUAUAUAUAUAUAUAUAUAUAUAUAUAUAUAUAUGAGUGUGUGUAUAGAUAUACACAUACUUAUUUGUAUUAUUUCUUGAGCUUCCCAUUUUGUGAAUACUGCUUGAUGUUUACAGCACAGAAGGUUAAUUUGUGCCCCUGGUGGACCCACUUGACUUCAAUUAAUAUAAAAUAAAUUCAGUAUAAGGUUCUGACUUAGCUAUGAUAUUUGCACAUUGUAAUAAGUCUGUUUUAUAAAAGUGAAGGCAGAUUUAGAAAUGUUGUGCACUGCAUUUUUAACGUAAUUAUUUUUAAUGUUUUGUUAGAGAAAAAAUACAUGGAAAAUGAAAAUAUAUGGUUUCAAAUCAUACUGGUACUUUAAUGCAUCUAAAUUCAUGUAUUGUAAAGGUGAUUGGUCUGCAUCCUGCAAGUUGCUGAAAUAAUAAAGCUCCCAGUUGUUUUGUGGAAUUCCAUGUAAGACUACCCAACUUAAUGCAAGAAAGAUGCUGGAUUUUUUUUUAGCACAUUGCUACUAUGUAUAUUCCCUAGCCGGUGUUAGCCAACAUUAAAGGGAUUUAAAACA